UCUCUCUCUCUCUUUCUCUCUCUCCCUCGGCAUCCCCAUCCCCCACCCAUUGCCUGAGUGAGAAUCUCUGUUCCCAACGCCGCUCGGAAGCCCGAAAAUCUCUGGAGCAGAGCGAGUUUACAAAUAGACAACCAACGGUUAUCAACGUGAAUCUACGAUCUUGAAGGGACAGCAAACCCUGAAAUAUCACAUCAAAAAUCAAUUCAAAUACCACGUUUUGUUGGCCCUUAAAGCAUGAGUUGGACACUUUGACUCUAAGGAGCUUGUUCCAUCAUAUUUCAUCAGGCAAAUCCGAACCCAAAGAUAAGGCACAACUGAAAGAUUUGCAUAUCCACUCCCACCUCCUUCCUCAUUUGCAUACAGCAAGAAUGGCGAGCGGGCACCCUACUGACAAAUACAGUUUCAUGUACCAACCAGACACGCACAAGAGUAAGAACAGGUUACCCUCCAGUAUGAAUCCUGUAUACAGCCCAGUCCAGCCCGGUGCCCCCUACGGAAAUCCUAAGAACAUGGCCUACACAGGCUACCCUGCAGGGUACCCCGCGGCCGCCCCCACCUACACCCCCAACCUCUACCAGACAGGCAGCCCUGGAUAUCCCCCAGGAUAUACUGCAGCAGGUACUCCAUAUAAAGUGCCUCCCACCCAGACGAACGGGGCCCCCCCACCAUACACCCCUACCCCCAACCCCUACCCCACAACCAUGUACCCCAUCCGCAGUGCCUACCCUCAGCAGAACCUCUAUGCACAGGGAGCCUACUAUACCCAGCCAGUGUAUGCAGCCCAGCCCCAUGUGAUCCACCACACCACCGUGGUGCAGCCCAACAGCAUGCCCUCCGCCCUCUACCCCGCCCCCGUCUCCGCUCCCAGGAACAACGGCAUGGCCGCCAUGGGCAUGGUCGCCGGGACAACCAUGGCCAUGAGCGCCGGCACACUGCUGACCACGCCCCAACACCCUCAGAUCGGAGCGCACCAGGUAACCGUGCCAACCUACAGGCCUCAAGGAACACCUGGAUACAGCUAUGUCCCCCCCCACUGGUAGAGCCCCCACCCACAGCAUCAUAUCUGGAGUCCAACAUCGUAUGCAACUACUCAAGUCUUAUGCGGGCUUCUACUGGUUACCAUGGAAACCCUGCACCUGUCUGCAAGAACAAGAACCUAAAGUGCAACUGCCACUUUAUACAUUCACUAGUGUUUAUACAACUAAAAAAGAA